UUUGUAUACAAAUAAGGUCUUAGUUUCUAAUUUUUCUUUCUUAAUAAACAUUAAUUAAAAUAUGCUAUUAUGAAGUUUCUUUAUUAACUUUUUUUAUUCAUAAAAGCAACAUGCUAUUCCGAAUUUACAUUUGCUUUUGUAUUUAUGUGCGUUUCGGAUCAAGUAAGAAUUCAUGUUAAGAAAAUUUUUGAACUUCUCUUGCAUACAAAUAAACAAAGUUGAGUGUUGGAGAAGUCAAUUUAACUAUGAAAAAGUUUUCUCUCAAAUCAAAUAUUCUACAAAAUCUAAUAAAAUGGUACGAGUGCUAAAUGUAGCUGAAAAAAAUGAUGCUGCUAAAAGUAUUGCAGAAAUUAUGUCAAGAGGCAGUGCUAGACGUCGAGAUGGACGAUCUGUUUAUAAUAAAAUAUAUGAAUUUGACUAUAAUCUAUUUAAUCAACGUUGUCGAAUGGUUAUGACAUCUGUAUCGGGUCAUCUUUUGAAUUUAGAAUUUACUGGAUCUUACAAAGCAUGGCAGGCAUGUGAUCCUAUAACUUUAUUUGAAGCUCCUGUUCAGAGAAUGUGCUUGCCAGAUUAUGAACCAAUUAAGCGUACUUUAGAAGCGGAAGUACGAGGUUGCCAGUACUUAGUUAUUUGGACUGAUGGUGAUAGAGAAGGAGAAAAUAUUGGAUUUGAAAUUAUUGAAGUCUGUACUAAAGUGCAACCCAACAUUCAAGUAUUCAGAGCAAGAUUCUCUGAGAUCACCCAUCAAGCAAUUACCCGAGCUUGUUCAAAUCUUGCUCCACCUGAUAAGAGAAUGAGUGAUGCAGUAAAUGUCCGCAUAGAACUUGAUCUUAGAAUAGGUGCUGCAUUUACUCGAUUUCAAACUCUCAGAUUACAAAAGGUUUUUCGCGAAAUAUUAAGUAAUCAACUCAUAAGUUAUGGAAGUUGCCAAUUUCCUACAUUAGGUUUUGUUGUUGAAAGAUACAAACAGGUUCAAGCUUUUAUUCCUGAAGCUUUUUGGAAACUUAAAGUGACACAUAAGAAAGAGGAUGUAGUGACAGAAUUUAGUUGGAAGCGUGGUCGUUUGUUUGAUCAUACAGCUUGUUUAGUUUUAUACCAAGUUUGUUUAGAGGAACCAUCAGCUAAAGUUAUUGAUAUAAAAAGUCGUAAUAAAAGCAAAUGGAGACCACAACCUUUAGAUACAGUGGAAUUUGAAAAAUUAGCAUCAAGAAAACUCCGCAUCAAUGCUAAAGAAGCUAUGACUGCUGCCGAAAAAUUAUAUACUAAAGGUUACAUAAGUUAUCCUAGAACAGAAACUACUAUUUUUCCUAAAGAGUUGAAUCUAACAUCUUUAGUUGAAAUGCAGAGUGAAGAUCCUAAUUGGGGAGCUUUUGCUAAUCGUGUUUUGGAAUGGGGACCUAAUCCCCGGCAGGGAAAGAAAACUGAUAAUGCCCAUCCUCCAAUUCAUCCUACUAAGUACAUCAAUACACUACAAGGUAAUGAAAAGUCGGUUUAUGAAUUGGUUGUUCGCCAUUUUCUUGCUUGUGUUUCUAAAGAUGCAGAAGGUCGAGAAACUACAAUUGAAAUUGAUGUUAAUGCAGAAAAAUUUGCUGUAAAUGGUUUGAUGAUCAUAGCAAAAAAUUACCUAGAUGUUUAUCCAUAUGAAAAAUGGAAUGCUAAGAUAAUUGGUGAAUAUGCAUUGAAUGAAGUAUUCCGACCAUCAUCAAUUGAGAUGAAUGAAGGUGAAACAUCUGCACCUGAUUUAUUAACAGAAGCAGAUCUAAUUGGAUUGAUGGAGAAACAUGGUAUAGGCACUGAUGCUACCCAUGCAGAACAUAUAGAGAGAAUCAAAUCCAGAUUGUAUGUAGGUGUCAAUGAAAAUGGACGAUUCAUACCAGGAGAACUUGGAAUGGGCCUUGUUGAAGGUUAUGAUUUAAUGGGUCUUCAUAUGUCAAAACCUCAUCUGAGAGCAGAGCUAGAAGCAGACUUAAAAAGGAUAGUUGAGGGUACUAAAGUCCCAGCUGUUGUACUACGAGAACAAGUAGCAAAGUAUAAACAGUAUUUUAUCGAAGUUGUUCAGCAGGCUGUUAAACUUGAUUCAGCUUUAUCAACUUAUUUCAAUGUUGCACCUGACAAUACAGUUGUUGAGGAUGCUGCCGCACCACAACUUAUGCCCGUUAUGAAAUGCCCAAAGUGUCAAACUGGUGAUAUUGUUUUACGGACAAAAAGAGACAAUAGAGGGUUCUUUCUAUCUUGUAUGUCCUACCCUGAUUGCAAUGCAGUUAUGUGGCUACCUGAUAGUUUAGAACAGAUUUCAGUUCUGGAUGCUGAAUGUCCUGAUUGUCUUCCCAGGAGGGUGAAAAAAGUAAAAAUGAAAUUCAAGGCUGGUUCCAUGAGACCUUUUUACCCUGAUGAGUUUGAUAGCUGUUUAGCUGGCUGUGAUUCAGAUCUAAUGAUGACUAUGGGUGCUCAUCCUAUAACAGUUACCAGAAAUUCUAAUACCUCCUCCACGAAUGUGUCUAGAAAUCUCAGUUCUGAUAGUGGAUAUGAAUCUGCAAAUCGAAUAUCGAAUAACAACCGAAGCAAUUCUAAUUCUUCUGGUUUAUCUAGAACAUUGCAAAGUUCUAUAAAUUCCUCAAGAGCAGCUCCUAGCUCUACUAAUUCCUCAAGAGCAGCACCAAGCUCUUCUAAUUCCUCAAGAGCAGUGCCAAGCUCUACUAAUUCCUCAAGAGCAGUACCAAGUUCUUCAUUUUUGUCUAGUCAUCAAUCAUCUCGGCAACCUUUUCACCCUGUCCCCUCAAAUAACAAUACUUCUAAUUUACCUAGUCAGGAUGUUGUCUGUAAUUGUGGCACAGAUGCCAUCAUUUAUAGGGUGAAGAAAGAUGGUCCCAAUAAGGGUAGAGAGUUUUAUACAUGCCCUAAGCCUCAAGAUUCAAAGUGUGGCUUUUUUCUUUGGAAAGAUGAUGCUAAUUCUCCUAUCAAUCAGACUGCAUCAUCGUCAAUUCAUCAGAAUAAUUAUUCACCUGCAACUGUAAACAAUGUACCUUUAAGGGUAUCAAAUAAUCCCUGGCAACCAUCUACAUCUUUCUCAAAUGAAAACUCAACAUCAGGAGGUGUGCAACAAUGCAGGUGUCAAUUGGAAGCUAAGUUAUUGACAGUGAGAAAAGAGGGAGCCAAUCAAGGCCGGCAAUUUUACGCUUGUCCUAAACCACGUGGAUCAGGUGAAUGUGGAUUCUUUCAAUGGAUGGAUGAGAAUGACACAAAUACUAAUGGUCGUUUUUCUAAUGCUAAUUCAGGAGCAUUUGAUAGGUCAAGGGCUGGUCCCUCAAAUAAAAGACCUGCAAGUUCUGCCUCUGGUGGGCCAUCUAAACAGAGAAAAUGUGGUAUAUGUUCUCAGCCUGGUCAUACUAGGAAAAAAUGUCCACAGAAUAGAUGACAAGCUUGUAAAGCACAAGCGCAAUUUGUAUUAUUAUUUUUUGUAUAUAAUGUACAGCAAAUUUAUAAAUUAAUAAAUGUAUUUUGUAGAUUUGA